CUCCAUUUUCUUAAAUGCAAUUGCAACUCCUUCCCACAUCUCACACCUUCUUCACCCGCUUCUCUCUUUCACCCAUUAUUCAUAGAAACACGAAUAUGACAUCCGGGUCGAACUCCUUGAUGUGGUUCAGAAAGGGUCUUCGGAUCCACGACAACCCAGCCCUUGAAUACGCUGCAAAAAACUCUAACCACGUCUACCCUGUUUUCGUCAUCGACCCACAUUACAUGAAACCCGACCCGAAUUCCUUCUCCCCCGGUUCAAACCUUGCAGGGUUGAACCGGAUCCGGUUCUUGCUCGAAAGUCUACUUGAUCUGGACUCCGGUCUAAAGAAACUCGGUUCACGCUUGUUGGUGUUACAUGGCGAACCUAGCGAGGUUUUGAUUCGUUGCUUAAAGCAGUGGGACAUAAAAAGGUUGUGCUUUGAGUAUGACACUGAACCAUAUUAUCAAGCUUUAGAUGCUAAAGUUAAGAACUACGCUUUAGAGAAUGGCAUAGAAGUAUUCUCUCCGGUUACUCAUACAUUGGUCAAUCCUGUAGAGAUUAUCGAAAAGAAUGGAGGAAAGCCACCACUGAGUUACCAAUCAUUUCUGAAACUCGCUGGCGAACCUCAUUGGUUGAUUUCUUCAUUAUGUACCACACCCGCUACAAUUCCUCCAAUUGGGGAUCUUGGAAAUUGUGAGGUUUCAGAAGUUCCAACAGUUGAACAACUUGGGUAUGAACACUUUCAAGAGGAGGACCCGGACCCACCUCUAUUUAAAGGAAUGGGUUGCGAAAUUUGA